AAAGUUGAUCCUACACUUUCACUACAAGUACGGCCACGCUAACAGAGAAACUGUAUUUAAUGAACUACGUCAAAAAUUUUGGAUCCCAAAGGCGCGUGCUGCUGUACUACAGGCGACGAGGGACUGCAUGUGGUGUAAAGUGAAUCGAUGUGUACCCUUUGUUCCAAUGAUGGCACCGCUACCUGUUCCACGUAUUACCCCUCACUUACGUCCUUUCAGUGCAGUGGGUGUUGACUAUCUAGGUCCGGUCGAAGUCACGGUGGGACGCAGAAAAGAGAAAAGAUGGAUCGUCGUAUUCACCUGUAUGGCUAUGCGAGCGGUGCAUCUCGAUGUGGUGCACAGUUUGAGCACACAAUCCUGCCUAAUGGCCAUCAGGCGAUUCACUUGCAAGCGCGGAGCACCGGAGCAAAUAUUCUCUGAUAACGCUACGUGUUUUCGUGGAGCAAACGCAGCGACGACGAAGAUGAUUCAGAAGAUUAAUGAAGAAUGUGCAAGAAAGGUGAUAUCAACUGUUACUUCAUGGCACUUUAACCCUCCUGGAACUCCGCAUAUGGGUGGCAUCUGGGAACGGAUGGUGCGAUCCGUCAAAGAAGCUCUGAAAGUUUUAGAUGAUGGGUGGAAAUUAACAGACGAGAUCCUUUCAACGAGUCUAGCCGAAGCAGAAGACAUGAUUAAUACUCGUCCAUUAACAUAUGUUCCUCAGGAUGACGACGGCGAAGAAGCCAUCACACCAAACCACUUCUUGCGUGGAAAAGUGACCAAUUUGGACAUGCUUCUGGAUGGUUCCGUGGACUUUGCUGAAACUUUGCGCAAUGUUUACAAGCGGUCACAAUAUAUAGCUAACAAGAUGUGGGAACGCUGGCUGAAAGAAUAUCUGCCCUCGCUAAAUCAUCGCACAAAGUGGUUCGACGACCAGAAGCCGCUCGAAGUUGGGGACCUAGUGUUCGUAGUUGAUGGGAAGUUCAGGAAGAACUGGGUACGAGGAAGAGUUCACAAGGUAAUCCAAGGAGCAGAUGGAAGAAUCCGUCAAGCAGACGUUAAGACGGCGGAUGGCAAGGUGCAUCGGCGUGCCGUGGCGAAUCUAGCGGUGUUAGAAAUUCAAAAUUGUAAAUCCGGAUCUUCAGGAUGAGCCACCAGAUGUUACGGUCGGGGGAUUGUUCACACCGCUGGGUAGUUGGAGUCGGUGUAACUGCGGACCCCCCGAUAACUGACAGUUCACCGUGAAGAAGAAUAAAACAAAAACAAAGUGUAUCGAGAUAGUGCAGGAAAUUUGGAAUUUAUACUAAAAUAAUUAAAAGUUCAGUGUAAGGAAAUGAUCGGUUGAAUUUAGGGAAUCUAUUUACGCAAUUUAACCCUUCGUAUCACACGAGGACUGAGGACCCAAGGCGCAGACAUUACAUCGUAUUGCUUUGUACGGGUAUAAUUUGUAAGUAUCUGGAAGAAGACAAAGGAAAAUUACUAAUUGAAGAUUGAAAAUACAGGAAGAAGAAGAGGAAAGGAUCAGAAAGUAUCAAGGAGAAUUCAGGAAGGAUCGAAGUCGUAAGGAAGGAGGAAACUAUUAGAGUGAGUAGAUUUAGUGCAAAUUAUAAAUCUGUAGCAAUUAAGAAAAUAAUGGCAAUAUAUUUUAGUUUUUGAGCUGCUCCGAAUAGCUGCUGCAAAAUAAAUAGUGUACUCGAACACAA